UCUCCGACUGUAAAAUGGGAGGGAGGAAAGAGGUCAGCAUUAUUGCACCAGAUGAUUUUGCUGAUGAUGUCCUUCCUAAAUCUAAAACAAAUUCGGAGGGGGGGGGGGAAGGGCUAGGAAGGGCCUCUUCCUCCCAAUCUUCCUUCUCCUUUUCUGCUGUAGCUUGCUCACUCCUCUCUAUCCUCCGCCUUGCAGUUCAUGAGCACCGCAGCCACCCUCUGGACUACAUUUCCCAGAAAUCUUUAGCGCAGUGCCAGGAAAGGACGCUAUGGGUUGUUGUGGAGAUGAGCACGUGCAGCAGGGCGGAGAGUAAAAUGGGGUGUGGCCUAAGAACGGACUUUGAUUGGCCGACCGCUCCUGGCCUCUCCGGAAGUGGCGCGUGAUCAGAGAGCCCAUGGUACCUUCACCACCUGUCCUCAGCUACGCAGCCAGGGCCUUUCCGGAAAGCGGGAGGCUACAGCUGGCGGAGCCCGUGCCCAUGGCCCAUUGACCUUUGGGGAGCUGGGUGCUGCCGAGGCCUUUGAGAAAUGGAACCUGCGGGGAACUCCCGGAGGUGUAGGCCCGGGACGCGGCUCGCGCGUGCGCAGUACCCCGGCGGGGCUGACGAUGCGCGCGCAGCCCCGGCCUCCGAAGGAGCCGCCAACCGCCCGGCCAGAGUGAUCCGCUUCUGCCCGGAGUGCCGGGGGAGGGUCCAGCCGUCCUUCCACUUCUGCCCCUACUGCGGAGGCUCCCUGCCGGCAGGGGAUGCCCCGGAGGACAGAGGCUCCAGGGAGGAGCUUGCUGAGGCUGCCGCUGACGGACCAGGUCUCAAGAAGAGGGAGGCCCACCUCUGUCAAGGGGACCAGAGGAAGAAAGCAAAGUGCUCCACGCCGGGCCCCUCACCACCGCCGUCUCCCAGCAAAUCCCUGGAGAGCUUCAAGGAGCAAACCUCCCCCGGCUUGCCAGGCAAGGGCAAAGGCCGAUCCCCCCGACAGAAGCAGAAGCCAGUCAGAGAAGCGUUGCCGGAGGCCUGGGGGAAGUUCAAGGUCCUGACAGACAUUAAGGGCCAGGGCUGGAGGCUGGGCUCCCCCGUGCUGACUUGGGAGAAUGGGCCAACACUCUUUGAAGCCAUGUCCGUGUCUGACUCUGAAACCGCCCUUUCGAAGCAGAGAUUUUCCCUCAAACUAGACUUCAAAAAUGGACGCCUCUUCCAUGAGCAGAACUUCUUCCAGAGAGCCGUGAAGCCAAAAGAAGUGGAAAAAUGGAAGAAAUCGCACUUCCUGCCCUUCCUGGCCAUCCCGACCUGCAUCAGCUUCGGCCUGCACCUGGGCGACUACCGCUUCAUGGUGUUCCCCGACCUGGGGAGGAGCCUUCAGGCAGUCCUGGACGAGCGCCCCGGCCACGUCCUGAGCGAGAAGACCGCGUUCCACAUCCUCCUCAGACUGGUGGACGCCCUGGAGUUCAUCCACGACAACGAGUACGUUCACGGAAACGUCUCCACAGAGAAUAUCUUCGUGCACCCCGACACGCCCAGCCAGGUCACCCUGGCUGGCUACAGCUGCGUGUUCCGAUACUGCCCAGGGAACAAGCAUGUCGCCUAUGUGGAGCGGAAAAGAACCCCUCAUCAAGGAACACUUGAGUUCAUCAGCUUGGAUCUGCACAAGGGAAUAGAUCCCUCCCGCCGAAGCGACAUGCAGGCCCUUGGCUAUUGUCUUCUGAAGUGGCUCUACGGGGCUCUGCCCUGGACCAGUCAGCUUUCUGACACUCUGGCGGUCAUGAGGAACAAGGAGAGGUUCAUGAACAAUGUGGCUGAGCUCAUGAGGCAGUCCUGUGGCCAAAGAAAGCCCCCAGAAGCUCUGAAGACCUACCUGAAUGCAGCAAUGGCUCUCCAGUAUGAGGAGAAACCCAACUAUGGCAUGCUGGAGACGGUCUUGAUGGCGGCUCUUAAAGAACUCCGUGUUGAACCCUACGACUCCAUCAGCCUCCUGACUGUCUAAGAGAUGGGGAAACUGAGUCCAAGAGAACGGGAGAGACUUGUCUGGAGUGGCCCAGAGAAUUCGCCUCAGAGAACUAAAGGGCAGUAAGCAUUUGGAGAGCUCCCCACCCUUUGGAAAGACUGACCCUGCCAUGUUCUGUUCCCAGUCAUCUACACUGGACUGAUUUACCCAUUUGUACUUACUCCCAUCCUGGGAGAGAACUAAAACCCAACCCCUAUAGGACCACUGUGUCCAGAACAGGGGUCUCAUUCCACCUCUUAUUUAUUCUUUAAACUCUCACUUUCUGUCUUAGAAUAAACACUGUGUGUAGAAAAGCGGUAAGGGCUAAGCAAUGGGAGUUAAGUGACUUGUCCAGGGUCACACAGCUAGGAGGUAUCAGAAGGUAGGGGCUUAAAAAAUAAGUUUAAGACACAGCAGAACCACUCCUGGCCUUCUAUCUAAUUAGAUCCCCCCUUGUGAUCCAUGCUGAUGCUGGGGUUCAAUGGGACACAAGUAUAUUUCCCCAAUUGGAAUAGGAGCAGUUUGUUUAGCUCCGAGUGUUCCUUCAUGUUGAUCGUGUUUCUAUUCAUUCCUGUGUUUGCACUUCAGAUUUCUAUAUAGUCAUGGUCUUUGCCGGAGAAGAGCUGGGAAGUCCUCUUUCACUAAAGAUCCAUUUUCCUGGCUGGAACAAUACUCAGUUUUGCUGGACUCAUUAUUCUUGAUGGAAACCUUCUUUGCCUUCUGGAAUAUCUAAUUCCAGGCUCUCCACUCUCUUCAGGCAGCAGCUACCAAAUCCUGUAUGAUGCUGACUACAGCUCCCGGGUUGCUAAAUUCUUUCUUUGGGCUGUUUGCAAUCUAUUUUCUUCGUGAUGGAAGCUCUGGAUUUGGGCUGUGAUAUUUGGGGAAGUUUUCAGUUUAGGGUUCCUUACAGGAGUAACCAGUGCCAGCAGAGUGACAGAACCACUGCCAGUCAUGCCCUACCCACAUUUAGGCCCUUUAUGCUGAACCAUGGGCCUCUUCCUGCCCGGGAGUGCUUCACACAGAAUAUUCCUGGCCAGAACCUAUCCCCAGUGUCCUGAGAUGGCUCAGGUUGUCAUCUGGUCUGACCUGAGCUGGAAGCAUGAUUCUCUGUGGUUUUCCUUGGUUUGUUCCAUUCAGAUUUGGUCUGGGGGAAUUUACUGGAUUGACUUGGUGGAGAUGGGAGCAGAGAGGGGCUUGCUGCACAGCUUCCUGCUAUUCCAACAUCCUGGUUCAUGAGCUCACAUUCUAACAGGUGACAUGCAAUAUCAUCCAUCUAUCCAUCCAUCCACCCACCCACCCAUCCAUCCAUCCAUCCAUCCAUCCAUCCAUCCACCCAUUCAUCCAUCCACCCAUCCAUCCAUCCAUCCACCCACCCACCCACCCAUCAUCUAUCCAUCCAUCCAUCCAUCUGCCCACCCAUCAAUCCAUUCGCUCAUCAUCCACCUAUCCACCCAUCCAUCCAUCCAUCCAUCCACCCACCCACCCAUCCACCAAUCCAUCCAUCCAUCCAUCCAUCCAUCCAUCAAUCCAUCCAUUCAUCAUCUAUCUAUCUGUAAGUAAAGAAGAACAAACAAUGUGCAUUCCUUAAAGAGAAGAAAUGCACUCUGGACAAUCCCAUAUGAAGUGUGGUUCAUUAAAUAACAGUGAGAGGAAUGUACAUGAGAAUAGGAUUGCUUUGCCUCACUGGAAUGGCACAGAUGAUAAAAGACAAAAAGGACAAAUGUUGGAGGGACUGGGACAAGGCAGGAACAUUUGCUAAUGUGCAAUUGUGGGAUUUGUGGAUUAUUAGAAUUGCUCUGGAAAGCAAAGCACCACAAACUCCAGCUGGAAAGUCAUCCAGUUUGCCCCCUUUGCAUCUUUCAUGUGAGGAAUCUGAAAGCUGAGUCACUGACUGGCUCCAACCCACACAGGUGGUCAGCACGAGAGGUGGAAUUUGAACACAGAUCUCCCGUCUCCACACUUCUCUUUUCUAUUGGGAGCACAGGGCUCUUUCCUCUGAACCAAAUAAUGUUGAAUCAACUGAAGUGAGUUGGGCUGUUGCCCACCGGCAGCAUGAGAGUGUUCCUUCUGUGGGCUAAAAGGAGGCAGGAGACGUUUCCACCCUCUUCUCCCCAACCCUUUUCCAGUGGAGACUCAUUCCUGUCAGGAGGGGCCCAGAGACAACCGUACUGCUCUCCUCAGAGAGAAAGGGGCCAGGGCUAGAAUGAUUCCUAUCUGCUCCCUUCGAUACGGUUAUUCUAGGAGAUGCAGUUUGUAGGUUCAAGCCAACUUCUGAUCAAUGUUCGCCCUUGGGGAAGAGGAAGACCCCAUUGAACUCCUUUCCCAUUGGAUGCAGUUCUACAAAGAACCCAUAGCAAAUAGAGAUGAACCCCCUUUCUCCAAAGAGAAAGCAGAGAAAGGUACAGAGGAGAGUAUAUACUGGAGAACACAGGGUGAAGGAGCUCUCCCGGGGGAAUGAGAGGCCUAGGUCUUCGCUGAAGACUUCAGGAGAACAAGCUGAGGAUGGGGCCAUGAUGGAUGUCGGAUUCUUCCAAGUCUUUUCCUACAGUAAGCUGGCAAGGGGUAGCCUCGUUCGCUUUCUCUUUCAAAGCGGGACUCCAGAAGCUCCCAAAGAUCACGGAAUCAGGGCAGCUGGGUGACUCAGCAGAUUGAGAACUAGGCACGAUGAUGGGAGGUCCUGGGUUCAAAUCUGGCCUCAGACACUUUCUAACUGUGACCCUGCACAAGUCCCUUCACCCCCAUUGCCUAGCCCUUAUCCCUCUUCUGUUGCACAAUAUUGAAUGGAAGGUUAGAGAAAACAUGGAAUUACAUCGAUAGAUCCAGAUGUACCCUUUCACCCAGUGAUACAGCUUUGGGUAUAUCCCAAAGAACUCAAAGAAAGGGGAAGACACCGUCUGUAUGCAAGUAAUUAUAUGGGCACUUUUUGUGGUCGCAAGAAACUGGAAGGAAAGUAGGUAGCCACGGAUGGGGAAGUGGCCGGGCCACCCGUGGCAUGCGAGUGUUAUGCCCCACAAAGAAGGGAUGAUGCCUGUAGAAUGUUUCCAGGUUGCCUAACAAUACCAUUUUUAGUCGCUGUUUUCUGACCCUUUGUGGUCUUUGUUCUCUCCCUCCCUCCCCCCAAGAAGGCCGGAAUAGGAUCUAGGUGGUACGCGAGUUGUCAGACAAAAGUACUAACAUGGGUUCGUCACGUUUAAAAGAAGGCGCACUAGAGAAACAUCCGCGGCUCCCGUCUGCAUUAGACUCCUGCGCCAGCCCUUUCUAUGGUGCUGGACAGUCUUUUGUCAUGAGGCGCCUGCAGCUGUCCCAGAGCCUUGCAUUGUGGAUAGGAAUCACGUCAUUCACAGCUGAUCCUACAUUGUUGCUGUUACUGCAAGAGCCCCAGUAGAAGAAAGGAAACGGCCGCCAUGAUGUUGAGGAAACCCGAAAGCCUUCGACCUGCUCUCUACAGUCAUCCAUCACGCCUUCUGAGGCUGCCGGGGCGGGGGCGGGUCUAGGGGUGCCGAAUGAGCCCGGCAUUUCCCAACCUGGCCAACAUGUUCUGCUCGAGAGAGCCAGUGGGCAUCACAUUGAAAAAGAGAAUCAAUCAAGCAGCCAAACAUCUGUUUGUUAAAGAUGCUGCUCUGUGGUAGACGAAGCCAUACGGGCCUGCGUGGUGAGAGUGGGUGCUCCGUUCAGCCAUUGCCAAACUGCCUCUUGAUGGCCUUCUCAGCCCACCCUCUGUUAUCAGCGGGCUAAGGUCCGACUCCGAGCUCCCUCCCACUGUGGUGCCUUCGGCCAGGGGCCCAAGCUCCUGCAGACCGUUUCUCACAAGGAGGCUGGGCUGGACGGUCCAUGGAUGCCAUGAGACUGGGCACUAGGACCAAGGCAAGCAUUUCCAAAGGCAGCACUGAAUUGUCUUGUUGCAGUCAGCAUCAUAAGCAAUGUGAAGACAAAAGAUACCAAUAUAAUUUAUUUUUAAAAAGUUUGGGGGCAGCAGGGUGGCUCAGGAGAUUGAGAACCAGGCCCAGAGAUGGGGAGGUCCUGGGUUCAAAUUUGGCCUCGGUCACUGCCUAGCUGUGUGACCCUGGACAAGUCACUUAACCCCCAUUGCCUAGCCCUGACCACUCUUCUGUCUUGGAACCAAUACAUAGUAUUGAUUCUAAGAUGGAAGGUAAAGAUUUAUUUUUUUUUUCAAAGUUUGUGGGCAAAUUUUUAUGGGAUGCAGCCAAAGCUGUACUUAGGGGGAAAUGUAUAUCUCUAAAUGCUUACAUCCGAAAAAGAAAAAAAAAAUGGAGGAAGAGCAGAUCAAUGAAUUGGGCCUGCAACUAAAAAAGCUAGAAAAAGAACAAAUUUUAAAUUCUCAAUUAAACACCAAAUUGGAAAUCCUGAAAUCAAA